UCAUCCUGGGUUUUGGGGAAUUUUUAGAGGGAGGCCCCUGCUGCAAAGGAAACUGCAGAUAAGUGAAACCCAUUGAGGGUUUGAAUGUAAUCUGAGAAGUUGGGGCAGGAAAGCUGAAAGUCCAGCAGAGCUACAGCUGCAGUGCAUUUCAUGGCUUUAGGAACCUCCUAAAUCACUUGGCAGCAGAGAAGAGCUUUGUGAGAUCUUUUUAGGUCAAGGGACGAUUUGAUGAUGCAUCAUUAAAGUUAAAGGAGCAGUAUACAGAUAUCUAGUUUAGGAAGUUAUCAUGACUAAUCAAUUCAUGUGUGUAGGGCUUUUAUGAAAGACUGGCAGUCAUUUGUUACAAAAGCUUUUGUUGAAGUGAAUAUUUACUGUAUUCCUUCGUCUUCCGUGAUGGUGGAGAAAAUGUAAGUCCGAAACACAGUGGGUCCCUGAAGGCAGCAUUAAUUAAGUAAUUGGCUUCUAUACAAAAAGUGAUACUAAAAAUAUAUUUGUCCAUACCCAGUUGUGUUUUCUUCUCUUCUGUCUUGCUAGCAUCUUCCUUUUCUUUGUUGUUUUCCUCUUCACUUUCCCGGCUGAUGUUUUUUCUGUGCAGCGUUGUUUUUGUGACAGUGGUGGUGUGAAACUUCUGUGCUGCUAUUGGAGUCGUUGUGGCUGUGCUAUGAUUCUGCAGCUGCACAGUGACAGACGCAGCUGUACUUGUGUUGUUUAACGAUAAAUUAACCUCAGUUGUUGUAUAAUCUGUCAGCACUGCUUCUAAAAACCCUCCCAGAAAAAUAACUGCUGCCAACGUGCACAAUGACUUUUCCAUUUUCCUCUCUGUGGGCUGCAUGUUGCAAAGUGAGUGGGGAAAAAUUCCCCUGCCAGUUUAUGUGGAAGAUGACAAAGAGCCAGCCUCCUUUCAAACAGCCCUCCCCCUCAUUCCAACCUUCCCGUAUCCUCCUUCUCUUCCUCCCUCCCAAAAUUCCAGUUAAAAGUAAUUCCUUGGGAAAUGGGAGUUAAAAAUGGGAAAGGGAAAGAUUACUGUGAUUACUGAUUAAUGCGGGUUAUGUUUACAAUGGUGAGACAGUGAUUUAACUACUACAUAAACAUCUUGUAUUUUUCUGUCUUGAAAGGUAUAUACGAUUUAAUCAAGAACUGUACUGAAGUACAAUUCUGAGGUACUUCUACUGUACUUCAGUAUUUCCAUUUACAGCUGCUUUACCCUUUCAGAGGCACAUUCAAAUAAAUAAAUUCAAAAGUUAUCCAUUCUUUAAAGUAAGUAAGAUAGUUAAAAUAAGCUCCACCUUUACAAGCAUCAACAAGUGACUACAGGUCAAUUUACAUAAGGGACAAAUUCACCUCCAUCUAUAGUCCCUCAUAUUUCUGCACAUCCCCACUUUUUCCUGAAUCCCUAAGAUCCCUAGCAUUGUAUAAAAAGAGACCAAAAAGCUCAACACCAGACAACAUUUGGAUGUUUUUCCUCUGUCUAAAAAAAAACUGAUCCAUCAAUAAAAACUGUAGCCCAACCGUUUAAGAACAGUUUGAUAUAUUGAGGCUGGCCAAAUAUUUUGUCUCUGACCCCAAUCCUGUCCUGAACAGAGCUCAAUAUUUGUCAUCAUUAAAUAGAUAAAAAUGAGGAUAUACAGGGUCCAACGAUACUGAAGCACUCUUGUCCAGCAGCCAAGCCUUAAACUAAAUACAAUGAGGCCAUGAAUAACAAAAUGUACAUUAAAGAGUGUUUAACAUAUUGUUUUCAGUGCUGUUGAUUUUAUGUUAACUAUUUAUUUCUUGUCUUAAAUAUUUGUCUUGUUAAAGAUGCAAAUGGAGCUGCUGUGAUGCAAGAAAUGUUUCCGACUUGAUGUGACCAAAUAAGUAUUAUUGUGUCAUUUCAAAUAAAGAACUGCGACUGAGACAUGAUUCUUAUCUGUCCGAAAAACAUCAUAAAUCCUCAGCUGUUGUUGGUGCAUCUGUAACACUCUGUUUUGUAUCUAUCAGAUGAGAAAAACAGGCUGAUGGUUAUAACAGCAGCAGAUACAAGUACAUUUUAAACAUGACAAAAACACAUCACCAAACGACAUAUUUUCAGACCGUCAGCAAAUCCUCACAUCUGUGUUUUAUUUAAGUCGUACUGUCAUGCUUGAUUCACUCAAGUGAAUCACAAAAAGAAUGCAGGUCAGCAUCAGAAGAAACAAGUUUAGUCUGUGAGCUGCAUGUGACGUGUUUCCAGAUGGUGUGUAUGCAUGCAAACACAAGCAGUCCAUACAGUGAGGCUGUGACUGCGCGGUAUUUCCAGCUGUCAGGCUCUCUGAUGACUUUCUGUCCUGCACACCUCUGAAAUAAUCCAGUGCCAUUAAUUCAAUGAAAAUGAUUCACACCAGUUUAAUUUCAGUUAUUACAAAUGUCGUUUACAAUAAAGAGUAUUUUAUGAUUCCUUGCUUACAGUAUAUCAUUUUACAUUAUGUUAUAGCUCUUUACAUUUUACAUAUAGUUUACUUAUUCUAACAUUUUACUUGCACAAUUUCUAUUUUUUCGUUUCUUUGUAUGUCAUAAGCAUACUGCAGGAUGCAUUGUUUGAUGAGCCCAGGAUUUAAAGUUAAAAAUGUAAUUCCUAACACCUAUACACUUUGUAAUCAUGGAAAAAAAACAGUGAAUGCAAUUUUAACAGAUACAUCUUGAAUGAAAAUCACUUUAUAAACAGGAUUAUGGCUGACAACAAAUUGCAUCUGUCUUAAUGUACGCUGCCUAUUUCAUUGUUUGAUGCAAGUUGCUGAGUGUCUGAUUGCUGCUUGUUUCAUUUACUUCUUGCUUUUUAGCUUAAAAUCUGUGUAUCCUCUUUAAUGUGAAACUGUUUUAUGCUGCCCUGUUGUUACAGCGAUUCUGGAUCUCAAAGGGUAAUGCUCAUGUUUUUAAAAAUUUGAAAUUAAAUAAAAUCUCUGUUCAGUUUAGGUAGUGUGACAGGUUGGGGCAGUGAAGAAUGAUCAUAAAUGGGUGUGAAUAGACACUAAUUCAUAGCAAAGUUUAAGAGCUAAAAUGUGAUAAGUGAUACAUUUCUGUUGAAUCCCUUUUGUUUGAAGAUUCACACACAGUUGGGAAAUGCAUAUUAAUCAUCUCUUUUACUAAGAAACUACAAUGAUAACAUCUGUUCUUCAUAGCCAGAUGUCGUGGCCAUGAAGUGUAAAUGCUGGUUUUGAGACUUUAAAUUUUAGAGAGCUUGGUAUAUUGUAAACAGGUUGUGGGGCUGAAAGAGCAGAUCUUCUAUGAAUCAGGGAAAUAAGAAAAAUACUGACAGCAGAUGCGAUGCCUAGCUUAUAUAAAAAAACAAAAGAGGAGCAGAUCUAAGUAACAUAGUAAUGCAGGCCAAUGCCAUACAUCAAAUCAUAAAGAAAAUAGUUACUAACACAAUUAUCAUUAGUAGUAAUAAGUAGUAGUAGCUGAAGUAGGAGUAGGAGAAGUAUUAAUGUAGUAGUAGUAGUAGUAGUAGUAGUAGUAGUAGUAGUAGUAGUAGUAGUAGUAGUAGUAGUAGUAGUAGUAGUAGUAGUAGUAGUAGUAGUAGUAAUCGUCGUCGUCGUCGUCGUCGUCGUAGUAGUAGUUCGAGUAGUAGUCAGAUACGACUUCUAUUUUGAAAUCAAGAAUACCCGCACGUGAUUGGUUACUUUUGCUGUGACGUGUACACACCAGGAAGUGGCCACGCAAGCGAACGGAAUCAUAACAUUGCAUUUGAAGGCUCUCUACUCAUCCAUUUAUCGUUUAAAUUCAGAUAUCUAAAUUAAAUGUUUGCAUGGCGGUUUUUUCUACCUAUCUUUGAGAAGCAGGAGAUAUUGAAACUAGUUAAAUAUUUUGCGUGAGGUGCUGCUAGUGCUAUGAAAGAAAAUCAUGCUGUUGGUCGCUGUGAAAGCUAACCAACAGGAGCUAGCUAGCAGAUGGCUGUUCGGCUGUGAUGAGUACCACCGUGCAAAAUGACAAGAAGAGCAGAGCGGUGCACUGACAGCAUGUGACACAAACAGGUUUUCGCUCAUCCCCUCCCCUCCCCCCUUCUCCCCCUCCCCCCCCCCCCCUAAACAAAGAUGCCUCGACUGGAAGAGUUGGCCAACGUGGCCCUGAGGGUGCCGAGCAUCCUGGUGCUGGACCUGCUGUAUAAAUGUGACAUUGAAGGGUUAACGGAGCACCUCAAGGCCAAGAAUGAAGACAUGCUCUUCAAAUACAAAUACGUCAUCUGGAACAUGUACUACAUUGGACAUCUCCUUAACUUGGUGGUGUUGGUUCUUCCUUUGAGGCACAUUGUGACGCUUUACCUCCACAUCUUGGCUGCGCUUCUCCUUUACAUGGGGCAUCAGAUUUCCAAGGAUUAUGUCCGUGACGAGCUGCAGUAUGGUUAUGAAGGAGCGGUGUACCUCGAUUCUCUGGCCUUCAACAGAUUUGUCUCUGCAAUGACGAGUCAGAUUAUUCUCAGCACGCUAUGUGCCUUCCUGAUGAAGACCAGGAAGGUGUGGCUGUUCUCGGCUCACCUGCUCCCCCUGCUGGCCAGACUCUGUGCCCUGCAUCACGCCACGCUGCUCACCGUCAACACGCUGUCCAUGGGCCUGACCGCAGCGGGGAUCACCGUGUUCCUCCUUGCACAUCUCUUUGUGCCGUACCGCCUCGCGAAAGCUGCCUAUUUAGAGCUGCUGCAGCUGGAGGUGAUCGAGCUGUACCGACUCCUGGCUGUGGGGAUCUCUCUGUGGAACCAGUUUGCCGUCCCGGUGCUCUUCAGUGUUUUCUGGUUUGUCCUCUUCGUCGUCCAGCUGUGCUCGGACACCAUGUCCACCAAAUCCACGCCAGCAGGAAAUCAGGGAAUACUCUUCUUCCUGCUCACAAGUGUCUCUGAAUGUUGUGCCACACCGUACUCUCUCCUGGGUCUGACCUUUGUGGUGUCCUAUCUCGCUCUCGGUCUGCUCAACCUAUGCAAGUUCUACGUGGGAGGUCACGCAGCCGUUCAGAACGAGAACGUCAUGCACAGAGGUGUGACGGAGGGCGUCACUCUGCUGCUGCUCGCUCUGCAGACCGGCCUGCUAGACAUGCAGGCUCUGCAGCGCACCUUCCUCCUCAGCAUCAUCCUCUUCAUUGUGGUCACUUCCACCCUGCAGUCAAUGAUCGAGAUAACAGACCCGGUUAUUCUGGCGCUGGGUGCAUCCCGCAACAGGAGUGUGUGGAAACAUUUCCGUGGCCUCAGCAUGUGUCUGCUCCUGCUGGUUUUCCCCGUGUACAUGGCUUAUAAAAUCUCUCAGUUCUUCCACAUGGACUUCUGGCUCCUUAUACUGGUGUCCAGCUGCAUGCUGACUUCCCUUCAGGUCACAGGCACCAUGCUGAUCUACUCCCUGUUCAUGGUGGAGCUGUUUCGCCGCGACCCGAUCGAAAGCCUUGAUGAGGUGAUCUACUGGGUGAACGCCGUCAGCCGCGUGCUGGAGUUUGUGGUGGCGCUGUGCGUUGUGGCGUACGGCACCUGGGAGUCGCUGUUUGGGGAGUGGAGCUGGAUGGGCGCAUCCGUCAUCAUCAUCCACUCGUACUUCAACGUUUGGCUCCGAGCUCAGUCCGGCUGGAGGAGUUUCCUGCUCAGACAGGAAGCGGCGAAGAAGAUCAACUCCCUCCCCAGAGCCACGGCUCAGCAGCUGCAGGAACACAACGACGUCUGCUCCAUCUGCUUCCAGGAAAUGAGCUCUGCUGUGAUCACAUACUGCGGACACUUCUUCCACGGCAACUGCCUGCGCAAGUGGCUGUACGUACAGGAGACCUGCCCCAUGUGCCACCAGACGGUACGACCCAGCCCCAGAGAGCAAAACCCAGCUUCAGGAGACGCUGCGGAGGAUGCAACUCCCAACAACACAGGGCCAGAUCAGUCUGCACAACAAGAGGAAGAACCGAACCAGGACAAUGGCUCGUUACCAGAGACACAGAGCGAUGCUGUAUCUCCGGAUCCUGCAGAGCAGCAAGAGGAGAUGAAAAGCUUUGAGGGUGGAGAUUGUGCUAGAGAAGACAACCAAGAUGAAACUGAAACGGAAGCUGUUCACGGUCUUCGUUUCAGCUCCAGUGGUGAUUUUGUUGGAUUUGUAAGCCCCUGCGGUUCAGGGGGAAAUGCAGAAUCCCAUGAAACCUCUCCUUCUAACAUGCACAACGAAGGUGAGGAGAGUGGCAUAGAAUCACCCCUGCCAUCGACAUUAGAGCGCCAAUCUGCCUCCAAUGGUGCAGAACUUAAAGACAGCAGUUCUUUCUGUCCUGGAAGUGGGGAUGUUAAUAAACACAAUAGCUGCGAACGGACACCAAAAUCAGGCAGCCUUGAAUCAAACGAAAAACUUGAGGCAUGUGGGGUCAACGGCCAAACGUCUGUUGAAUCUUGUAACAAAAACUCUGAAUUCUUAGACUGCUUUGAGGAUCCUGAAAACCAUAAAGGUUCCUCCUCCUGCACACAUUCAGAGGACAAUGACUGACUGCAUCAGUGCCUUGGGAGGAUGUUAGAGGGUCCAUCUUCCAUAACGAGGGAUUAAAACACAUUUGCCUUCUCUCUUUGUUAACCAAUCAAAAAAUGUCUUUUCUGAACAGUGUAAUGAAUGUUAGGCAAAUAACUGUGUUUAAUAUGGGCUACGUUCAGACUGCAGGCCAAAUGAUAAAACAUUAUAAUAAAUAGCCACCAUUAAUAAAUAUUAUACUGAUAGUAAUUUUACUGUUUACCAACAACGGAAUGCUAAUUAAAAAUGGGAACUUUUAUUUCAUUUUAAUAUUGGGACACGUUAUUGUUGCACAUGUUAUAACAAUUAAUAUUCUACAUUAAGUGUUCAUGAAAUAUAAUAUUAUUUAAAAUAGUCAUUAGUUAAUCUAAAUGAUUAAUAAAUACCUUUUCUAAUAUUUGUAAAGCAUCUAUACAUUUUAUUAAAAUAUAAAUUAACUUGGUUAAUAUUUGGUCUCUGGGCCAUCUAUCUUUAUACAAAUCAUUCACAAAUAUGUAAUAUAGCAUAUAACAUGCUAUAAUAUGAACAUAAAACUGUUGAUAGAAAGUGUGAAUAUUAAGACGUUAAUCUGAUUAUUUCUUAUGGCACAAACUAAUGAUGAAAUAACCUGAAUUAUGGGAUUACGUAUGAUUAGUAACUCUUAAUGAUCUAUUCAUGCUUGUUUAGAGUAAAAGAACUUCAAUUUAAUGACCUAUCAAAAAAAACAUAUUAAUGUUGGUUAUUAUAAAGUGUUACCCAAGAGGGGAAAAAGUGAUUGAUUUGACUCAGAUCUUUUCAUUAUUGUGUAAUUACCCUUUGGGCCUCUUUCAUAUAUUGGGUUUUGAAUAAUAUGCAGGUCUGAUACUGUGUUGGCCACAUUUAGAAAAACGAUUUGAGCAAUAAAUCAGGAUUGAUCACUCCGGCUUGCAGUGUGAACGUAGCCAUAAAGAGACUGAAUUGUGUUUGGGUUGAAAUCCUUAUUGUAAAACUGUAAAGAAAUUAAAUUAUAAUUCCUAGAAAUUAUGUGAAACUAUGAAGAGAUUAUCUUGCAUCAAUAGUUACCAGAUUCCAGCAGGUUACAGGUAAACACGUUUACUCAUAAAUUACAUUUGACUUAAUUCAUUAGGUUUUUUUCUGUAGUUCUCAUGUAGUGCAGUGUUGUGAAAGCAAUAUGAAUGGAAGUUUCAGCAUUCGUCUCUUUAAUUCAUAAAUCAGCCUUUUGUACUGCUUCUCUGUCUCCCAGUAUUACAUUCCUGCUGUUAACAUCUGCUCUCAUUUUCUAACUGUAGUAACUGAUUUAAUAAAUUCAUGACAGGUGCACAAUG